AUGUCGAGAGUUCCGAGAUUGACGAGGCUAGAGAACCGCGACGGGAUUGCUCCGGCGAAGGAGUUGCAGCUCAGGUUCAGAGAUAUCGCGAGGGUCGGGAUACGGCCUAUCUCGUCAGAGAUAUCGCGAGGAUACUCGGACGCAUCAGAGGAAUCUGAAAUUGAAAGCAUGGAUGUCAAUGGCUUUCAAGUUCUUCCUUCACAGGUAGAAUCUGUAAGACUUAUCUUUAAAAGACAUCCAGACAUUGCAGUAGAGUUCCGUGCAAAGAACCAACAUCUGAGAAACGCAUGCAUGGAUUUCCUGCUCAGCUUAAUUGAAACGAUGUGCCAAUCACUCGAGGAUCUCUCCAAUGAAGAUCUUGUGGAAGCAGACAUUGCACUUACGUACUUGAAAGACGCUGGUUUUAAGGUGGAUUGGUUGGAGAAAAAGCUGGAUAUAGUUAAAGACAAGAAGGAGAAAGAGCAGUCCAGUUUGGCUCGGCUUCAGGAAAUGGAGGAUAGUUUACUGAAACUGAAGCAACAUUGUUCAGAUCUGGAUGCCCUAGUGGAGAAGGAACAUGAAGAGUUGUCGGACACAAGAACUCCUAUGUCAUUCGAUGAUGUUGUUUGA